CCUGAAACAGACACCCAAUUUGGGCUUCGUUGUGCACCAAGCCGGUGACCCGCUAGCACCCCGGGUGGGUUUCGUCUUCGGGCACCCUCCACUCCGGCCCUCCCCUCUCGUCUCCAAAUUUCCAAAGAUCUCCGAACCCUAGCUCGGGUUCGUGGGGGGAGAAGGGCCGAUGAGGCUCCUCGCCGGGCUUUUCAUCUGCUUGCUGGUGCUCUGCGCAUCGGGGGAUUUCGUCCACGGUGCCUCCGGCUCGGAAGAGGUGAAAAAGACGAACAAGUUCCGGGAACGCGAAGCCAGCGAUGAUAUGCUUGGAUAUCCCAACUUAGAUGAAGAUUCUUUAUUGAACUCCAAAUGUCCAAAGCACGUUGAAUUGAGAUGGCAGACUGAAGUUAGUUCCAGCAUCUAUGCGACCCCCUUGGUUGCUGAUAUUAACAGUGACGGCAAGCUUGAGGUGGUGGUACCAUCAUUUGUUCAUUAUUUGGAAGUGCUGGAAGGUUCUGAUGGAGAUAAACUACCAGGUUGGCCUGCCUUCCACCAAUCAACAGUUCAUUCGAGUCCUCUCUUAUAUGAUAUUGAUAAGGAUGGUACGAGAGAAAUAGCUCUGGCUACUUACAAUGGUGUUAUUAACUUUUUUAGGGCAUCAGGCUAUAUGAUGAUGGACAAACUAGAAGUGCCUCGUAGAAAAGUUCGUAAGGACUGGUAUGUUGGAUUGCAUCAAGAGCCUGCAGACCGUUCUCAUCCAGAUAUUCAUGAUGAUCAGGAGGCUUCUGUUAAGAAUGCAAUGUCUCAGAUUAAUGGAAGCACAUCUGGAUUAAAUAACUCUGUUAAAACAACAGUUGGCAACAUUGGCUCUUCAAUGAAUGUAUCCAAGCCAGAGGAUGAAAGAAAACGUGAUCUUGCUCAAGCAGGGCAAGAUAAUGGGUUGGUGAACAAUUUGGAUAAUACCACUGUGCAUAAUGUGUCACUGGGAAGUGCUAUAGCAGAGAAUACAACACAGUCUCGACGGAGACUUCUUGAAGACAGUGAUUCAAAAGGGGCUCAAGAAGGAACUUCUGAAUCUCGUGCCAAUGAUAGUGAUUUACAGGCAGCAACUGUGGAAAACAAUGAGGUUCUGGAAGAAGAUGCUGAUUCAUCUUUUGAUUUAUUUCGGAAUGCCGAAGAUCUAGAUGAUGAGUAUAAUUAUGAUUAUGAUGAUUACGUUGAUGAAUCCAUGUGGGGAGAUGAGGAAUGGACAGAGGUGGAACAUGAGAAAAUGGAAGAUUAUGUGAACAUUGAUUCGCACAUUCUAAGCACUCCGGUAAUUGCAGACAUUGACAAUGAUGGCACACAAGAAAUGAUUGUUGCUGUCUCCUACUUCUUCGAUCGCGAGUACUAUGAUAACCAAGAACAUUCAGCAGAUUUGGGUGGCAUUGAUAUUGAAAAAUAUGUAGCCACUGGCAUCGUUGUUUUCAAUCUUGAUACGAAGCAUGUCAAAUGGACUGCCGAUCUUGAUCUGAGCAUGGAGACUGCAAGCUCCCCUGCCUAUAUAUAUUCUUCUCCCACAGUUGUUGAUUUGGAUGGUGAUGGAAAUAUGGACAUACUUGUUGGCACUUCAUAUGGCUUGUUUUAUAUUUUGGAUCAUCGUGGUAAGGUGAGAGAGAAGUUUCCACUUGAGAUGGCUGAGAUUCAGGGACCAGUGGUGGCAGCAGAUAUAAAUGAUGAUGGUAAAAUUGAAAUAGUGACAGUUGAUACCCAUGGAAAUGUUGCUGCAUGGACUGCCCAAGGAGAUGAAAUUUGGGAAGUACAUAUUAAGAGUCUCAUACCACAGGGUCCCACCAUUGGUGAUGUUAAUGGAGAUGGUCAUACCGACGUUGUAAUUUCAACAGUAUCAGGAAAUAUAUAUGUUCUUAGUGGAAGAGAUGGUUCACAAGUUCAUCCAUUCCCAUACCGGACACAUGGGAGGGUGAUGAGUCCAGUUCUUUUAGUUGAUCUAAGCACACGUCAUGAAAAGUCGAAGGGGCUGACUCUUGUUACAACUUCAUUUGAUGGUUACUUAUACUUGAUUGAUGGGGCCACAGGAUGUGCAGAUGCUGUUGACAUUGGCGAGACAUCAUACAGCAUGGUCUUGGCUGAUAAUGUUGAUGGUGGAGAUGACCUUGAUCUAAUUGUUAGUACCAUGAACGGCAACGUUUUCUGCUUUUCUACCCCCUCACCACACCAUCCUCUUAAGGAAUGGAGAUCAUCAAACCAGGGUAGGAAUAAUGCUGCGUACCGAUAUAAUCGUGAAGGAAUAUAUGUCUCACAUUCAUCCCGGGCUUUUCGUGAUGAAGAAGGCAAACAUUUCUGGGUGGAGAUGGAGAUUAUAGACAAAUACAGAGUGCCUUCCGGGUCUCAAGGACCUUAUAAUGUUACAACAACUUUAUUGGUUCCUGGGAAUUACCAAGGAGAGAGGCGCAUAGUGGUCAAUCAGGUCUACGAUCAACCAGGGAAGCAGCGGGUGAAGCUGCCAACAGUGCCUGUUCGAACAACAGGUACCGUGCUGGUGGAGAUGGUUGACAAGAAUGGACUAUAUUUCUCUGAUGAAUUCUCGUUGACAUUCCAUGUGCAUUUCUAUAAGCUACUGAAGUGGCUUGUGGUGUUGCCGAUGCUUGGUAUGUUUGGUAUCCUCGUCAUUCUCCGUCCACAGGAAGGUGCACCUUUGCCAUCUUUCUCACGGAAUGCAGAUUAGUGGCUUUUUUGUAGAGUUAGCGUACCGUGGGAGAACAAUUAUAAGAAAGUUUUUGAUUUUCUAAUUAUACAAUAGUGAAGACUGACGUUUCAUUUAAAUUUAAUCAACUUGUGUAAAAGUUCUCUUA